UUGUUAGAUCUGCGAGCGAAGCUUGGAAUCUCGUAAGAGAAUCUGGUCAUAACGUGCAAACUGUUAUUGAUGAAGUGCUUCCGAUUCGGAGUUAUCCUCCCCCGUCAACUUUCGCACUUCUUAACAAUUUUAUAGAUUAUCAAACUAAGGACCAGCAGUUACUUAUUCACCGCCCUUCAGAAUGUGUUGGUCCGCCGCUAGAAAUGAAAAAAGAACAUUAUCACUGGACUCUUGAGUUCAUUCAUGAAAUGUCAGAAAUAUACCGAAGCGAACCUGAACGUCAGCAAGUAUUUAACGAAAAAAUUCGUGAACUAUUCGGUGAAGAAUUAAGAGUGAUUCAUCUAGAUGAUAAUGAUGGAGUAUUGGAAUGUAACGUCCGUUCAAAAAGUGUGUUACGCCUUCUUGUUGAGAUAAAAAAUGAAAUUGGCACUGGUGGCUGUGAUCCAACUGUUCAGGGCGGGGCUUCUUAUGCAAAAUAUUAUACCCAAAAGAAAAAUGGGGAAAUGCUCCAAUG